UCUUUCUCCUCUCAAAGAAAAAGCAGCGCCCUUCUCUGAAGUAAAAUCCCGCUCCCAAACAAAAGAAAUUCCCCUCCACCUGUUCGUCCACCUCGAGCCGCCGUCCCCCUCCCCUCCACGAAAAACGAAGCUCCCCGUCGGAUAGUUGCUCUCCCGGCGCCCGGCGGCCGGGCCUGCCCCCAAAUCGAAGUCCGGCUGUCCGCUGCUUCAUCCUCUUGGAGAGGAUGGACGGCGACCUGACGGAGGGGCUCCUCUGCAAGAACUCCGGCAAGCGCCCGGAGUCCCCCCCUCCGCUGUCGCCGUCUUCGGGGGACAUUUUCAAGGACCCUACCGACUCCAGCGACUCCAGCACCAGCGGGGCCGCGACGAACCGGGCGCCCGUCCGCGACGACUGCAAGAACCACCAAGAAGUGGUGGUGGCGUCCUCUGCGGCCAGCGAAGGCGAGCACGGGACGGUAUCUACCGGCGAGGAAGAGGAUAAGGAGGCGUCGGGACCCCUUGCUCGCUGGGAAGCCCUGGCGGCAUCCGCUGCUCUCCGGGAGGCGGCGGCGGCGGCGGCGGCAUCUCGCCGGGAGGCGGGGAGGGGCUUCUUUUUCGGCGGGGGGAGAGCAGGAGGUGGCUCGAGCGGCGGGGCCGUUUCGAGCAGGGCUGAGCACCUGAUCCUCGUCCCUCCGCCGGGAGCGGCGGGUCUGAUCCACCGCGCCGAUCACCUGUCCGACUCCUGGAGGACGGACCCCAUCCUCGCCGGCCCUUCGACCGACCUGACGGUCGCGCUGCAGGCGUUCGCCGCCGCACCAGAUGAGAGAACAGCGGCCAGGCUCGAGCAGGCGGCUGCGGCGUUGGACAUUGUUGCAUCAAGCAACACGGAGGAUGGUGCUGUCGCCAAGCAGCUGGCCGCCGAAGCGGCGGCACUUGCGGCCGGCUGGCGGGGAGACGACCGGCAGCGGCAGGGGUCGAGCGCCUUCGAAACGGCGGCCGGUCGGCGGGAACCGGAGCUGCAGGCGCCAGCGUCCUAUUCCACUGAAACUUUGUUGUGCGCCGUGAUCUCUGGCUCAUUGGCCCUGCUUCCAUAUUUGCCCACCCAAGUCCCCAAGCGUUCCCGGAGUGUCUUUGCCGUUCUCUUUGGCAGCGUCUUCGUACUCGCUUCAGUCGGUGUGAUGCUCCUCGUCGCACACAAGAGGUUUGCCAACACUCUGGCGAGAAUCUCUUUUGGAACAUUUACAGUGUUGGUUAUCGCCUUUGUUGGGUUCGCCCUCGGAGGAAGGACAUACAGUUGAUAUUGAUAGGGAGUACUAUGUAGUACUCCCUCCGUUCCCAAAUACUUGUCUUUCUAGUCAUUUCAAAUGGACUCAACAUACGGAUGUAUGUAGACAUAUUUUAAAGUAUAGAUUCACUCAUUUUGUGCCGUAUGUAGUCACUUGUUGAAAUCUCUAGAAAGACAAGUAUUUAGGAACGGAGGGAGUACGUAUCAUAGAUAGAUACUGGUCACUCUGAAUUUGAAGUACCAUGCCAGACUUUUGAGAAAUGCCAUAUCACAGAUAUUGGCGUGUAUGACAAGUUUUGAGGAAUGUCAUAUCAUAGUUUUGUUUUCCGGCAGUAA